CGGAAGUCAAUCAGAAAACACGUUUUUGUCCAUGUUAGCCGCAGUCUCAACUGCAUUUAUAAAGUUAGCGAUGUGACAGAAUAAUACUGUUCCCUUUUCAUAUCAGCAGGUUUUUCCGAAUUAAGAAGAGAAUCCCCAGCGCAGCAGUAAUGUCGGGGGCCAAACAUAGGAUGCGCAAUAAGAAGAUGAGAGAUCAGCCCACCAGUGUGACCUAUUCCGCGUCAGGCUGGCGCAAUGGUGGAGACACUCCUGCCGGUCGUGCCAGUGACUUCCAUCAUGCGAAGGGGCAAGACUUGCCACAACAGGGCGGUGGGUGGGUCAGAGGCCAUCAGUCAGGUGGCUCGGUGUACCCCAAGGAGCUUCCCAAAUACAUCACCAGCACAUAUUUUGCCAGGGCCAGGUCUGCAGAGGUGAAGGCGAUGUUGAAGGCUGUCAACAAGACGACUGGCAGCUGCCAUACCGCCGGCGCUCUCCCCAAACACAUGAGACGUAGAGCCAUGAGCCACAACACCAAACGGCUGCCCACCAGGCUACGGGAAGGAGCACAGAGGAUGUUGGAGAAAAGUCUGCAAGCUGCAAAGAAGGAGAAGAAGGAGGAGUCAAAGGCCAAAAGCCGCAAAGCCCGUCGUCGUCAUGGUAACCUGCUCCUGGAGUUCAACCGUAGACAGAGGAAGAAUAUCUGGUUGGAGACGCACAUCUGGCAUGCCAAGCGCUUCCACAUGGUGAAGAAGUGGGGUUACUGUCUGGGGGUGAGGCCCACUCUAAAGUGCUACCGGGCCUGCUACAGGGCCAUGAGCAGCCACUGCCUCCUGCAGGACCUGUCCUAUUACUGCUGUGUGGAGCUGCAGGGCCCAGAGGAGCAGCUCCUGAGCGCCCUCUCCAGGCUCACCAGUAAAGACACGGGGCCAACUUUUGCGGCGGUGCAGUGCCUAUCGGGGCGCAGGCAGGGCAGUGUUGUUCUGUACAGACCUGAUCAGUACCCUGCCCAACCGCUGGGCCCUGUGCUCUUCCUUUGGAGACCCCGUAGUGAGGGCUCUACUCACAGACAGCUGUGGAUAUGGGGUCACCCCACACUAAAGCAGGACCUCCUGUCUGAGCUGCAAGCCUUGUGCCAGUGCUCAGAGGCGGUGAUGCCAGUGCCCGAACCUGUGCCCAGCCCAGCAGUGGAAGCCGUAGCAGUGCCAACCAAGGACCCGCCUCAGAAACCGGUCACUGGGCGGAAGAGGAAGAGGGCAGAGCAGGACUCUGAUGGCCAGCCAGCCAAGAAGAUACUUGGGGACGGGACUCGGUCACCCACCUGCCCUGUCACAUGGAAGUCCCCUACAACUGGAAUAGUCAUUAAUGACCUCACCAUGGAAAUGGUGCGCUAUCGUCUCAUUGGUCCACUCUCUCACACGGUCCUGACUGAGGCUCUGUCUCCUGCCACAGACUGUGAGGAAGCAGCUAAAAGCGGGCAGUCAUGCUUCUGGUGGCCGGAGUACUCCAACCAGGAGCAAAACAUGGCUCUUCACCGAGAACAAGCCGACGUCUUCCAGCUACUCAAGGGUGUGUAUUCAUCCACUGAGAUCCCAGCAGGCUCUGUCCUGGGCCUGACCGUAGAUGAUCCCCGCAUCACCCUGCCCCGCAGGAGAGUCCGAGCCCAGCCUGACCUUCAGCAGGCCAUAGGUGUGGACGAGGAGAAGAGGAGAGCCCUCACCCUGCAGGGAGUCCCAGAGCACUGCUGCCAGAGUGCCCUGUGGGACCGGAGCGUAAGGGACAACGUCACCGACAACAAGCUACCUGAGAAGGAGCUGAAUCGGAUGCGGAGCGAGCUCCUGGUGCCCGGCUCCCAGCUGACGCCCACCCCUCUGCAGGGCCGCGUGCCCAUGCUGCUGGUGCACCAGCCGGGCAAACAGCUGGGCCAGGAAAUGCCCUCCUGGGGGGUGGGCUGGGACCUGCUGCUGCCCAAAGGCUGGGGCAUGGCCUUCUGGGUGCCCCUGGUGUACAGAGGGGUCCGUGUGGCCGGUCUCCAGAUGAGCCAGAAACACUCCCAGCACAAGGGGGCGCCCCAUUUCCCCCACGACUACCCAGACUGCCCUGCAGGCGCCCGCUUCCAGGACGAGCAGCAGGCAGAGCUCAUGGACAAGUUUACGAGGCGUCCGCCCGCCAAGAGGACCAAUUAUAUCAAACACGGCUGCCUGGCACCGUUUCGAUGCCCCUGGCAGCAGCUGGUGGAGGAGUGGGUGGAGAUUGUCAAGGAGACUGGCAAGGGCUCCGAUUCACGGACUGAAGUCGAGACGGCCGGAGCUCCACCCAGCCGGUUUUCUGUGCUCAGGAGCAGGAAGGUGCUGAAGCAGCUGUCGGCGUGGUGUCGGCCCAGCUCCUCCAGAGGCCAGCGGCUCCAGCGCGGCCCCCAGCCCCCUCCUCCUCCCCCCCUCUCCCCGGCCGCCGCCGCCGCCCUGCGGGCCUCGCACGGCCAGGGCCUGGCGUGGGCGCGCUUCUCGCUGUUGGCCAAGGGCCGGCCGGAGCUGCACGCCAUGGUGUGCGCGCCCACGGAGGAGGACCUGCGUCUGCUGAGCCGCGACCCCCAGUGCGCCGGGCCCCAGGAGCCCCGGCACACGGACCACUUCAGGAAGCACGUCAAGAGCGCUCGCAAGGCCAGGAAGAGCAAGAGGAGCGACGAGAAGGCAGAGGGGGCCUCAGCAGAGAAGGCGACCACCAAGAAGCCGGACGCGGCCUCCGACCCGAGCUCGGGGUCCGCUGACCAGCCAGGUUCUGUCCCAGAGGUCACCUCCACCCCCGCUAGUGUUUCGGACGGCGAUUCGAGCGCCAUUCCAGCUUUGGCCUGGCCUCCCGUCGCCACACCUGACCAGGACCCCUCGGCGGCCGCCCCUGCUGCUGCAGCUGCUGCCCCUGCGGAGGCCGAGAGGCUGGUCCUGGGCCUGUGGCCGGAGCCGCUGCCCAGCGUGACGUCGCACUGCUCGCGUGUGACCCUGGGCUGGGUGACGCAGGGCGACUUCUCACUGACGGCGGGCUGCGGGGAGGCCCUGGGGCUGGUCAGCCUGGCGGGCCUGCUGCACGUGCUCCUGGGCCAGCCGCCAGAGCGCAGGGGCAUCGUGCUGCUCAGGAACCCCUCCUCUCUGCAGUACCGCUUCGCCAAGGUCACCAUCGAGGCCUGAGCACACACCACCCCCCCCAAGGACACACACACACACACACACACACUCUUACACAUGUGAUGAUCACUCACAGCAGAUUGGCUAUUAUCCAUGGGUGAAAGAAGAGAACCUGCAGACUGCUAGCUUGCUACAUCAUAGAGCUUAAUGCUGAAUGCAUGCCAGUGCAGGCUAUCUCUCCCUCACACUCACAUUCUCUCUCUCACACACACGCACACACACACUUCUUCUCACGUGAUGGACACUGGCUAUCUUCUGUGGGCUGCUGUGGACACUCCAGCUUUGCUGCAUUGUCCAGUGUGCACUGAUUGCUUCCUUACGACACACCCUCCAUGUGACUCAGAACAGCUUUAAUCCUCACAACUCAGACGUGCACGUAGGGCAUCGAAACCGCCAUGUAGAAUUAAAUUCAACCCAAGCUCUGGUCAUUUCUGCCAUAUCAAAGAUGGGUAUGUCUGUAGCCUCUAUUAUAAGCUGUAAAAGAUGGAACAAACCUUGUGCAGUCCAGUUUAUGGUUUUAGUGAAGGUGUUUGUUAUUCACUGAAAGCUUGGCUGAUUGCUCAGCCAUCACAGUUUGGGUUUAGGUGUGCCAGUUUGCUUGGCUCGUGUUUGGCUGAAACACCAAUGUAAAUGUAAAGCAAUGGAUGAUGUCUUCACAAAGUGCAUCACAAGAUACCAGAUGGUACAGAACCAUGCACAGUUAAUUAUGCAUUUGGAUAAACUGACGAACUAGUGCCUCUUGUUUGAGUGUUACCUCAAUCCUUUGUCUGGAUUUAUAAACAUUGAUUUUUGUUCAGUUUGGUCUGGGUCUUGCCUAAAGGAACAGGCUGCUUGGUGUGAGAGGGAAGAGCAGGAAUAUAAGGACUCCUGGUCACUCUCAUUGCCUCUAGCAUCAACAUCCUUCCCUUCAGACCCAGAGGUGUGAGAUGGGACUAACAUUAGGGUAGAAACUUGUGUGAAAUGUGGCUUUUUGUUGCACCUCAUCCAUUAUGACGUGUUCCAUUAUCUCAUGGACACUUUUAUUUUCUUAAAUGCAUUCAGUGCCUGGAGUUUGGGCAGGUGACAUUUGAGUUUUUGCUUUGGUUGAAAUGCCCUGUGGGCACUGUGACCUCUCUCACCUACGGGACCUCCAUCUGGGCCAGAUGUUUUAUUCAGUUGGACUAUAAAUAAUUCGUUUUUACAUGGUGUAACAGUUUUCUUUUGAUGAAUGUGUUAUGUUGGUCUCAGCACCAGAUCUUUCAUUUCCUGCUUCAGUGGUGGUAUUCAUGCUCCUGUCACUUGUUUCCUUUUGAUGUCAAUAAAAUCCACCUCUC